AUGGCCGAGCUGUCCGAUGUGGGGGAGAUGGAUCACCUGAUGGAUCCGGAGCGCACACCGGAAGGCAGCAACCUUCGGUGUGACGACUUGGAUUUGUGGAAGAAGGUGGAGGAGGAGCGUGGCCAGCGGUCCUGGGACCGCUACAACAAGCUCCGCGAGGGCCGUGAGGCCAGGGAGGCUGCAGAGCCCGCCCCGCGAAGGGCGGAGCGCGCAGAGCGGAUUCUCUCGGAGAGAAGUGACAGGAGACGUGAGUGCAAAGCAGACAAAGCGGAGUCUGAGCAGAUUUCGUCUGAAGGCAAAGGUCUGGAGGAUCUCUGGCAGAAAGCCGAGGCCGAGCUCCAGAGGCGACGGGCUCAGGCCGCCAACCGCGGCCUUCGGGUCUACGACAUGGCAAAGGGCAAGGGAAGAGAAGGCCUUGGCAAGGGCUCUGAGAGAUAUGAGAGAUAUGAGCGGUCCGGCUACCCGAGCAAGACUGUCCAAAGCUCCUGGCAGGGAUCCUUGCAGCUGGAAGGCGACGGCCGGCAGUACAAGGUGCUGCUGAGCCGCCGGAACCUGGACGACGUGGCGCUGCAGCAUUGGUGCCGCUGGGCCCGGCCCAAACUGGCUCGGCUCCCCAGUAGCGCGGUGGUGAUCUUGAUCGACCUUGGCUUCAACAAAAUCACGGCUCAGGGCCUUCAGCUGCUCUUGGACAUGCUUCAGGAGCUCGAGGUGCCAGUGGAGGCCUUGAGUCUUCAUCACAACCUGCUGGCGGAUGAGGCUGCUGAUGCCUUGGCCCAGUACCUGCAGCAUUCUUCGCACACGUUGUUCGAGCUCAGCCUCACGAACAACCAGAUUGGGGAGCCCGGUGCCCGAACCUUGCUCGAAGCCGCUGUACGGGCCAUGCAAAGCCCCUCAGAGCUCGAGCAGUCCGGUACAAAUGCCGUGCGCUACCCUGCCCUUCGGCAGAACAAGAAGGUUCCUCUCUGGCUCCGCCUGGGCUACAAUCGUAUCGGUGAAGGCCGGCCAGGCUUCAUACGCAACUUCCUGAAGAGGACCGAGGCGGAGCUACAAAAGAUCCGUCAGGGUUUGGGAACUGCCUCAGAGAGUCCGGAAGAGGAUCCCUGGGCAAGCUUUGCCGGCCUCCGGGCGGGGGGCACCCGUGUGCCAGACAGCUCCACCCAUAUCUUCUGUGAGGCACUUUCGGGCCUGGGCUGCGAUCAGAAGUGUUGUACCCAGCUCUACCCAGAAGUGAAUGGGUUCCCAGCUGGCCCAGCAGUGCACCUUUUCCAGUUAGACCAGCAGCUCGAGCGGGAGAGCUCACUCUCCUGGCAGCAGCCCCGUCCUCUCCGCCGACACGAGGAGGGCAAGGGCCAGAAGGGCCACAAGGGCCAGAAAGGUGAGCGGGGUGGCAAGGGCAAGCCCGGCAAGUUCUUGGACAAUUUCAAAGCUCCCUCCCGCUCCGAUGGCUCCGAGGAGCACCCAAGAGAAGGAAGGGAAGAGCCUGAGAGCCGCCUGGAUGACAAGGAGCUGCGGAGCCUCUUCGACCUGAGCGCAGCCCACGAAGGUGAGAAGGCGAGUCCCAGCUCGCGAAGCAGGGGCACCCUCGCCUUCGUUUUGCGGGACGUCCUCGAGCCCGAGAACUUGGGACGCGAGGUCUCCCUGUGGCCGCUGCGCUCCGGAGAUGCGGUUCGAGUCUUAUACCAAGGAUCGGAGGAUCUCGGAGAUUGUGGCUAUGUCUUUGCCUCUUUCAAUGGCCGAGAAGGUUGGGUUCCAGCUACGGCCAUCUCCGGGCAUUGGAGAGACAAACCCUAA